CAAAAACUGUUCAAGCUCAAGAAAAUAGAAUAAAAAAUUCUAAACCUGAAGAACUCAACAAUAAAACAGUUAAAGACAAUGAAAUUAUUGUCUUUAAGAUUAUUGAAAAAAUAGAACUUUAUAAUUUAUUGCAAAAGCUUCAAGAGCUACAAUAA